AUGGACGACGAUGGGUUCGACCAGGGGUCCACCCUCGGGCUGACGGUGGGCCAGUCGCUGCGCAACAUCACAUUUGCGUCAUGGAUGAACAUCUUGAUCGUUGUGGUGCCAAUCGGAUACCUGGCACACUAUCUACACUGGCCGGUGACCGCCAAGUUUGUGCUCAACUUUUUCGCGAUCAUCCCUCUGUCGGCGCUGAUGGGCUUUGCAACCGAAGAGAUCUCGCUAAGGCUGGGCCCGACGUGGGGUGGGCUGAUGAACGCAUCGUUUGGCAAUGCCGUCGAGCUUAUCAUGGCCGUCAUCGCAUUGAUCGAGGAGGAGUACCGGAUUGUGCAGGCCGGGCUGAUUGGCAGUGUGCUUUCCAACACGCUGUUUAUGCUCGGCUGCGCGUUCAUCGCAGGCGGGGUCCGCCAUCGUGUCCAGAUAUUCCAUGCUGAGGCCGCACAGUGUGCUGGCGCAUUGCUGGCGCUGAGCGUCCUGAGCAUGAUCAUCCCAGCAGCAUACCACGGCGUACAUGCAUCGCGUGGCGAGAUUACCAACGGGAUCCUGGUCAUGUCGCGCGGCACCGCGUUGAUUCUGCUUGUCGUCUACAUUCUGUUCCUGGUGUUCCAGCUCAAGACCCACAGCGAUCUCUUUGAUGGCUCGCAGACGCAGAAAAUGCACGAUCAAGGCUUCAUGGAUGAAGCUAGCAUCGAAUACAGGACACUGGAGCCGCAGCUAAAGCUGUGGAUCGCAUGCGUGCUGCUUGCGCUGGUCUCUGGGCUCGUUGCGCUGUCGUCUGAUAUCCUGGUAGACAGCGUCGAGGAGCUGACAUCGCGGUACAACAUCAGCCAUACGUUCGUUGGUAUGAUUCUGCUGCCAAUCGCGGCCAAUGCGGCCGAGCACACGAUGUCAGUAACAGUUGCGAUCAAAAACAAGAUGGACCUGUGCAUUACAGUGGCGAUUGGCAGCUCGAUGCAGAUGGCGCUGUUUGUGCUCCCUGUGCUGAUCACAAUUGCCUGGGUCAUGAACAAGCCGCUGACUCUGUAUUUUGACGACUUUGAGACAAACACCAUGCUCAUAUCGGUGCUGGUCAUCAACUACCUGAUCAUGAACGGCCGCUCAAACUGGCUCAAAGGUGCUAUGUUACUCAGCUCAUACUUUAUCAUUGCACUUGCAUUCUUCCUGUAUCCAGUCGACGUCGAUGACCCUCACCGGUCGAUUAUCACGCCCAUUACCGGCAACACGAAGCAGAGUUUCUUGAUUAGCUAG